AGAACUGAUGGCCGCUCUCCUAUAAUACAUUUAUGGACAAGUAUAACGUAUGUAGGGCGGAUUUAAUUAUUCAUCAACUUUGCGCUGUUAUUUUAAAGGAAUUUUCAUCAAUGGCGUGUAUGUCUACUGUCUUGGGUGACGUUAUAACAAGUUGUUUGAAUAAGCUAGGUUGCUAAUGAUGCUAGCUAGCUUCCGGUUGCUAAUGAUGCUAGCUAGCGUCCGUGUCCCGAAUCGGUUUACUAUUUUUAAAACGAUGUCAUUGUGUAGCUCGUAAUACGGAUUAGUAACACAAUUAAACACGCUUUACAUAUCUAUGAGUGAUGUAUUCAGGUAUGGCAUUCGACCAUUUAGGAUAGCCUUUGUGUCCAUACGCAAAGCGACGUCGACUUGCCGAGUGAUCAAUAGAAUUCAUUAAAAUGAACCGGGGGGGCGAAUCUGUUGACAAUGACGACAUUGUCAUCAUCGUGGAAAACGAGGCCGAAAGUUUACCACUCGGGGAAGAGCGACCGAAACAACAAGGUGCAUUCGGACUCAUGGACACCUGUCCUGUCUGCAAGUUGAGCUUUCACAACAGAGAGCCCAAACUCCUUCCAUGUCUUCACUCCUUUUGCAAGAGGUGCCUUCCUGCACCGUGCAGGGCUGGCGACACCAGACGGGACCACUCCCUCGGCCUGCAGGGAGACAACACCAAUAAGCAAAUGGCUACCAUCCGUUGUCCAGUAUGCAGACAGGAAUCCUGGGAAAUGGACGUGCUGGAUAAUUUCUUUGUCAAGGACUCUGCUGAGGUGCCAAGCAGCACCAUGGAGAAAAAUAGCCAGGUGUGUAUGAGUUGUGAUGACAACACGGAGGCAACAGGCUACUGUUUGGAGUGCGUGGAGUUCCUGUGCGUGACAUGUAUUGAGGCGCACCAAAGGGUAAAGUUCACCAGGGAUCACACCAUUCGUCAAAAAGAGGAAAUGUCCCCGGGUAGGUUUAAAAAAAGAAGGGAAAAGCUGUUUGAGAUGUUGCAAUGCUGUAUUGACACUCGUCCAUCCAUAUCUGCAGAAGCAGUAGCCGUUUCCACACAGAAGCCCGUGUUUUGUGACAUCCACAAGCAGGAGCCGUUGAAGCUUUUUUGCGAGACGUGCGAUCGACUCACCUGCAGAGACUGUCAGCUGCUCAAACACAAAGAUCACAACUAUCAGUUUCUGGAGGAUGCGUACAGGAACCACAGGCAGUAUCUCGAGAACAUGACGCAGCAGCUGCAAGAAAAAAGGAAGGCCAUCGAGGAAUUCUCCAACAGCAUCAACAAUGGACUCCAGCAAGUUGAAGAAAACCGAAAGUCAGUCACGAAUGAAAUAAAGAAGUCCAUCUGCAACCUUAUUAUGGAGAUCAACAGAAAGGGGAAGGUUCUGGCUAACCAGCUUGAGUCUCUUACUACAGAUCACGAGCUGGGUCUAAAAAAGCAGCAGAAGGACGUCGACUCUCUGCGCAGGCACCUUGACCACGUCAUCAGUUUUACCAAGUGGGCCACAGCCAGCCAAAGUGGCACCGCCCUUCUCUACUGCAAGAGACUGAUUCUAUUUCAGAUCAACUACCUGAUGGGGGCAAGGUGCAAUCCCGCCAUCAUCCCUCAGAGUUCUGUCCGCUUCCAGUGUCGUUCUGGUUUCUGGGCCACAAAUGUCGAUCUUGGUUCUCUCCUAGUUGACAGGAGUGCAGUACCGCCGCCGCCACCGCCCAUUCCCAACCAACAGGUCGGUCCCCGAGGAGAAGCGCCGGCUGGGGGACUGGCGUUAUCAGCUCAGCAGCGACAAAGCACGCUGGCCCAGCUCCAGAUGCAGGUUGACAAACUUUCCCAGCAGCCCCACAGGCAGGCCGCUCCCAACCACUGGUCAUGGUACCAUAACGCCAGGCUCCCUGUACCCCACGGCCAUCCGCCCCCGACCAGACCCAUCCACGGAGGGUCCUCCCCCUCGCAAACCAUUACCAACUUGGCGCAGCUGGGACGCAGAUAUGGAGGCUCGCAAGUCAACACCAGGAGCCCCAACUCCUCCAUGCUGCACAGUGCCGGAUUCCCACCUCCCCAGGCCCUGCGAGACUUGAUCAAUUCAUCCAGCUUCUCUUCCAAGCCAAUGGAGGUAUCACAGGGCAACUUCCGCUACCCGCAUCCUGUGUCCGCUGGAGGGGUCACCCAGGUGCCACCAAAUCAGCGCAACCUGGCAGAGCUGUCCUACCUGAAGCGUAGUGAAGCCGGCUGUCCUGUCCCUUCCAGUAGCAUCAUCCUCGCAAGACCCAGUUUGGCUUCAAGCCAAACCUCAAAAACUGCUGACAAAUUAGUUCAAGGAAAGCAGAGCUCACCGAUGGUUAAACCGUCGUCUUCAGAGAGAACCACAGGGACGACGUCUUGGAAGCUGAAUACCGAGACGCCGGCGGCUCCCUCAGCCAAGCGACGCAGAAGGUUAUCCCCCGGGCCCAUUAUCGUCAUCAAGGACGAACCAGAGGACGAGGAUGAAGUUCGUUUUGUGCAGUCCAGCCUUCCUGACAGCAGCACGGGGGCCCGGCCACACCCACAAGGGCUUAAAGCUUGUGCCCCUGCCCAAGCCUCAACAUCGGGCUCCAACACGGCAAUAGGACCUCAAAUUGCAGCGCGGCCCGAGUCGGAGAAAGUCUCUCAGCCGGAGGACGACCCCAACGAGGACUGGUGUGCCGUUUGCCAGAAUGGAGGAGAGCUGCUCUGCUGCGACAAGUGUCCCAAAGUUUUCCAUCUGGCCUGCCAUAUCCCCGCGCUGAAUGAGUCUCCAAGCGGAGAAUGGUUUUGUUCGUUCUGCCGAGACCUCGUCAGCCCUGAGAUGGUGUACGACUGUGAUAAGAAAGACACACCCUUGUUGGGAAGAAUGCCACCUGUUGACCAAAGGAAAUGUGAGCGGUUGCUUUUACUUCUGUACUGCAAUGACAUCAGCACAGACUUCCAGCACGCAUCGGAGUCCAAAAAGUACAAAGAACUAAUCAAAACCCCAAUGGAUUUAUCAAUGAUUAAGAAGAAGCUUAAGACAUUUGAGGUGGACUCUUACUCCGCUCCCGAAGGUUUUGUGGCAGACAUGAGGCUCAUUUUUCGCAACUGUGCCAAGUACUAUAAGGCGACUUCAGAGGUGGGCAGUGCCGGCAUAUAUUUGGAAGACUACUUUGAGGAGCAGCUGAGGCUUGUGUAUUCCGACAAGAUUUUCCCUGGUGGAAGAGAAGAGGACAUGAUCCCACCGCUAGAGGAUGAAAUCGACGAGGAAGAUGAGCAGGAGCCAAUGGAGUUAGGCGCGCCCCACCCGGAGGACUUAAACGCGACCAGUCCCCCUGAGGAUACAACACCCACUGCGGAGGAGAGCAAGGCUCCUCCUGAGGAAGCAGAAGUGGAGACGUUAAAAACCAAGGAGCAGGCGACUGAUAUGAGCGAAAUAAGGACGGGCACGGCGGGACACAAACCACCUUCAGAGAAAGUCAAGCAGGAGAAGGAAAUGCCUUCUGAAGAAGCCGAAGGCUGCUCAGGACAGGAAGCCAGCCCGGAGAGCACAGAGGAACAUUUACCAGAAGAAUCAGUUAAAGGCCAGGAAAGCACCGAGAAACAUUUACCAGAAGAAUCUGUUGUACACCAGGAGAGCACAGAGGAAAAUUUACUAGAAGAAUCAGUUAAAGGCCAGGAGAGCAUGGAUGAAAAUGUCCGAGAAGAAUCAGUUAAAGGCCAGGAGAGCAUGGAUGAAAAUUCACUAGUAGAAUCAGUUAAAGGCCAGGAGAGCAUGGAGGAAAGUUUACUAGAAGAAUCAGUUCAAGGCCAGGAGAGCAUGGAGGAAAAUUUACUAGAAGAAUCAGUUAAAAGCCAGGAGAGCACAGGGGGAAAUUUACCAGAAGAAUCAGUUAUAGGCCAGGAAAGCAAAGAAGAAAAUUCACCAGAAGAAUUAGUUGAACAUCAGGAAAGCACAGAAGAAAAUGUACGAGAAGAAUCAGUUAAAGGCCAGGAGAGCAAAAAAGGAAAUUCACCAGAAGAAUCAGUUGAACAUCAGGAAAGCACAGAGGAAACAUUACCAGAAGAAUUAGUUAAAGGCCAGGAGGGCACAGAGGGAAAUUUACCAGAAGAAUUAGUUAAAGGCCAGGAGAGCACAGAGGGAAAUUUACCAGAAGAAUUAGUUAAAGGCCAGGAGAGCACAGAGGGAAAUUUACCAGAAGAAUUAGUUAAAGGCCAGGAGAGCACAGAGGGAAAUUUACCAGAAGAAUUAGUUAAAGGCCAGGAGAGCACAGAGGGAAAUUUACCCGAAGAAAUGGAUUGCACCGGAGAAGAGGCAGUGUAGAAAAAGACAGUCUUCCACUUAAUAGGAAACUAGUGAAUGCGUUAUUUAACACUCAUCCUUGCUGGAGAUGCACAUCGGAGCAAUUGAGAUUUUUACAGGGUGGACACUUUUAAUAUUUUACUAUAAAGGAUGACACAAUACACUAAGACAUGACGGUACCUCCCUUAACAGUAUAUUGUAUUUCCACAAACCACAACUACGGUAUAUAUUCCUUCAUCGUGCAUGAUAAUUCCUUUUCUUCUGUUUCAUGCACAUAUCCUCUGGACUUUAUUGUUUUGAUGCAAUGGAACUGUGAUUGUAUGCAAGGAGACAAUGUAUGCAUCGUGUACAGAACACAAGCAAUCCCCUUUUCCAAGAAAAACGAGUCUUAUCUUUUUUUGUUUUGUUCCUGUUUUAAUUAAUCAGGGGAACAUUUCUCUGCAGGCGUCUUCAUUAUCAGCUGCUGAUAACUCCGAGACGUGACGAUCUGUCUUGUUAAUUUCAGUGUCCUUGUACUACAUGAUGUAAGGCAACAGGAAAUAAUCUGUAUUUUUUAAAAAACAUCCUUUGAAUAAUGAUUUCUGAUAAUUUCAUUAACUUAUUUGGUUUUCUGUAAGGGGAUGCCCCUUAAUGAUGGUGUAUUUAAUGCAAUUUAUAUAUCUAUAAAAAAGUAGUG